AUGUCCUUCCCGCACUUUGGACAUCCUUACGGCAGUGCUUCCCAGUUUCUGGUGUCUGCAAGUUCCAGCGCCACUUGCUGCGAAUCCGCCCCGCGUUCGGUCCCAGAUGUGGCCUCGGGCUCCACCCCGGCGGCCGCGCUCUGCUGCGCACCCUACGACAGUCGGCUGCUGGGCAGUGCGAGGCCGGAGCUGGGCGCGGCCUUGGGCAUCUAUGGAGCUCCCUACUCAGCCGCUGCAGCUGCCCAGAGCUACCCAGGCUACCUGCCCUACAGCCCCGAGCCGCCGGCGCUGUACGGGGCGCUGAAUCCACAGUAUGAAUUUAAGGAGGCUGCGGGGAACUUUACAUCCAGCCUGGCACAACCAGGAGCCUAUUACCCCUAUGAGCCAACACUGGGGCAGUACCAGUAUGAUCGGUAUGGAGCGGUGGAGUUGAGUGGUGCUGGGCGCAGAAAGAACGCCACCCGGGAGACCACUAGCACGCUCAAGGCCUGGCUGAACGAGCACCGCAAGAACCCCUACCCCACCAAGGGCGAGAAGAUCAUGCUGGCCAUCAUCACCAAGAUGACCCUCACUCAGGUGUCCACCUGGUUCGCCAACGCGCGCCGGCGCCUCAAGAAGGAGAACAAGAUGACCUGGGCGCCCAAGAACAAAGGCGGGGAAGAAAGAAAGGAGGAGGGUGGAACAGAGGAAUUGCUGGGCUGCCUAAAUGGUGACACCAAAGACGUUACUGCUGGCCAGGAGGCCCGGGGGCUCCGGCUGAGUGACCUGGAAGACCUGGAAGAAGAAGAGGAAGAGGAGGCGGAUGAAGAGGAGGCAGUGGCCACAGCUACGGACAGACUGGCUGAGCUCCAUACAGACACUCAGCCGCUGCCGGCAGCGCCACGUGCCGCCGCUGGAGAGGGCCGACCGGAGCGCAGGGGGUGCAGUCUGGCGGCACCCCGCUUCUCCUUCACUGAGCCGCGCAGAUCGGGAGAAGCCGACCUCCUCCGGGCCGAGCCAGGAGGCCCCACGUCGACCAUGCACUACCCCUGCAGCGAGAAACCACCGCGCAUCUGGUCUCUGGCGCACACGGCGGCCGCCAGCGUCGUCGAAGGGGCACCUCCAAACCUGCCCCAGCCACGAAGUCCUGCGCACCAUCUGAUUCCCGGACAGCCUCCAGGCCCGGGCGCGCGACCCGCGGUCCCCAGAGACUCCGCGUGCCAAGAGUCUCCCCGAGUAGCCAAAGCCUUUGGAAACCCCACGUUUGCCCUACAGGGUCUGCCGCUGAACUGUGCGCCGUGCCCGCGGCGGAGGGAGCCGGUGGUGCGGUGCCAGUACCCAUCCGGAGCAGAAGGUUAG